UUGUCAUAAAUACGAUUUGUAAUGGCAUUAAUGCACCAUCAAAGAAGCAUGGUAUGGGUAAAGGUUUAAUGACAGCAUGGCGGGAAAUUAACCCUCAUGCUGGAGAUAAUCCUACCAGCAUCGAUUGUGCCAGCGAAGAAACGGGACCAUCAAUUUCAAAAUCCGGUUCACAAAAUCCACAAAUUCAAGUUAGAAAACCAAAAAAACAAAAAAUUCUUACUAUACAGGGAAGGCUAAGGAACAAAUUACAAGAGAAGAGGAAGAAACAUUCUGUUAAAAGAAGAGAGGUGGAACCUUUCAAAGAUGCAAAUCAGAAGCUAGCGGGCAAAACAAAAUGUGAUCUUGCUUUGAGGGGAUGAAAUUCUCAAGAAAACUUUAAUCUGAUUUCUAUGCUCAUGGAUGAUGAAGAGCUGGAGGGGAGAGAAUUACAAGCAGUAUCAAAUAGACCAGGGUGUUCUGAUCAUUUUACUACUGGACUUCAAGGUUGCUCACUUUACAAAAUUGGUUUUGUAGAAAGAGUUCAAAAUUAUGUUUCCUAUCUAUCAUUUGUUGUUUAUGUAUUUGGAUCAGUUUUUCAGAAAACUACUUAAUUGGAAAUUUUACCACUUAUUUUAAAAGUUUAAUCUUUGAUUCUUUUGAUACGGACAGUUCCUUACAAUUGUAUUCUAGCAAAGUGGUCUUGAGUUUAAAUUCAUGAAACAAAAUUAUUCUUUCCAAAUAAAGCUAGGGUUCAGUAGUGUGAUACAUAUUCACCUGUCUGUUUACUUUUUUUUCUCUUGAAUCAUGAUUAUGAAAUAUCUAUGUAGACUUUGUUUUCAUCUUUCAGAUCUGUUGGUAAAGUUUCCACCAAAUUAUUUAAAGAUGAAGCAACCUUUCAGUAUGCAACCUUGGGACUCAUCUCCAGAGAUUGUCAAGAAUCUUUUUAAGGUGCAAAUUUACCAAAGAUUUUGCUGUUACCUUAUUUAAUGAAGUCCUCAGUUAGAAGCAUAAUGCAAUGUAUUUGGUAGAUGCUAGAUAUCCUCUCAUUUGGUUUUUUUUUUUUUUUUGCAUGUUUUGACGUCUUUAUAAUUAUCAAUGUGCUCAUGAAAAAAUAUUGUUGUGUUAGUUAAUAUUGUUUUAUAAUCCUUCUGAUAGUCUGACUCU